UUUUAUCUAUGUUAACUUAGUUUUUUUUCUUGGUGAGAUGUAUGUAUGCUCAUAGUUUUACGUUUUAGGUGAAUUUGUUACAUGUUUGUACUAGUACAAAAUUUACCAAAUGCACACAGAAAAUUUCAAAACAAAAAUCUCCGGAUUUAAAUACUACAUGGCAGACAGAAAAACUCAAAUAUAUUAAUUGUUCUAUGCUUUAGGAACCUGGUGACUAAUGAAAAUUCAAUAAAUGGUGAAAAAUGGCAGGAAAAGACAAUGAAGUUCUGCUGCAGGCAUUUAUGGUGAAGAGGUCACAAAAUAAGAAUUUAUUUACACCAGUAAAUUUCAAGGAGCGCUGGGUGGUCCUUACUCCUCGGUCUCUAAUUUAUUAUGAUUCUGACAGUGAAAAGCGUAAAGAAAGGGGCCGUAUAGCAACAGAGACUAUACAUACUGUCGAAACUGCACAGUUGGGAGAACUAAGUAAGCAAAUACCUGACAGCGACGGAGAAAAACGACCCACGUACAGGUAUCCAUUUCAGGUGGGGUACUCAGAGCAGAAUUCAGACUAUACGCUAUAUCUAAUAGCUGGCGACCACACUGAGCGCUUACGUUGGAUUCACACCCUUAGAUCAGUUUGUGUAUGUAAUUCUCGUCGGAGUCAAUAUCACCCGGCCGUGAGGUCUGCUCGGAGGUGGCCGUGCUGUGACGCCGAACGUCGCUCUGCACCGGGGUGCGCCCUAACCGCCGUUUGGCCGUUACCAGAGCCCGAACUAGAUUUAAUACAGGAAGAAAGCGACAAACUCUCCGAGAACGCUACACUUGUUCGUACAGCUGUCACAGCAGCGGUCACAAUGCCCGGGGGAGGAGGAGGACCACCAGGCACUCCAUCCGCUAAGCCCAAGGAGAAACCUAGAACGAAAAUUGUCGUCGCGCUGUAUCCAUUUAAAGCAAUCGAAAGUGGAGAUCUGUCCUUGGAAAAGGGAGCCGAAUAUGAAGUCAUAGACGACUCGCAAGAUCACUGGUGGAAAGUCAAAGAUGAGAACGGUUCUGUCGGCUACAUACCGAGCAAUUACGUAAAAGAGAAAGAAACGAUCGGGUUGCAGAAAUAUGAAUGGUUUGUGGGCGAAAUGUCCCGCCAAAGAGCGGAAUCUUUGCUCAAACGUGAAGAUAAGGAGGGGUGCUUCGUCGUACGGAACUCGUCAACGAAGGGAAUGUAUACGUUGUCAUUGUAUACUAAAGUGAAUCAUCAACAGACGAAGCACUAUCACAUAAAACAGAACAGUCGCGGCGAGUUUUAUUUGUCGGACAAGCAUUGCUGCGCGAGUAUACCGGAGCUGAUCAACUAUCACAAGCACAAUAGCGGCGGUCUGUGCUCUCGUCUAAAGGCGACGCCCUGCGACCGCCCCGCGCCCCCCACCGCCGGACUCUCGCACGACAAGUGGGAGAUCGAUCCAUCGGAGCUGGUCCUGAUGGAGGUGCUGGGCGCGGGACAGUUCGGCGUGGUGCGGCGCGGCGUCUGGCGCGGACGGAUCGACACGGCCGUCAAGAUGAUGAAGGAGGGCACCAUGUCCGAGGACGACUUCAUCGACGAAGCUAAAGUUAUGACUAAACUUCAGCACCAGAACCUGGUGCAGCUGUACGGCGUGUGCUCCAAGCACCGGCCCAUCUACAUCGUGACGGAGUUCAUGCGCCACGGCUCGCUGUUCAACUACCUGCGCCGCACGUCGCCCGACCAGCUCGGCCACGCCGUCCUCCUCGACAUGUGCAUACAGGUUUGCAGAGGGAUGGCGUACCUAGAAAGGCAUAACUACAUUCACCGAGAUCUGGCUGCGAGAAAUUGUUUGGUAGGCGAUGAGAACGUUGUGAAGGUAGCCGAUUUCGGUCUAGCGCGGUACGUUCUGGACGACCAGUACACGAGCUCCGGAGGCACCAAGUUCCCAAUAAAGUGGGCGCCGCCCGAAGUGCUCAACUUCACCAGGUUCUCAUCGAAAUCCGACGUUUGGGCUUUUGGAGUGCUGAUGUGGGAGGUGUUCACGUGCGGGAAGGUACCGUACGGUCGACUCACUAACUCGGAGGUCGUGGAUAAAGUACAACGGGGACAAGUGCUAGAAAAACCUAAAGGUUGCAUCAACGAAAUAUACAAUGUGAUGCGCGCGUGCUGGGGCCACACGCCGGAGGAGCGGCCGUCGUUCCGCGUCCUCAAGGAGCAGCUGGCCGUCAUCUCGCAGAGCGUGCUGGCCGAUUGACUGCGUCUGCUGCUGCGGCUGCUGCGGCCGACCGACCGACCGCACUACGACUGACUGUAUGCGAACUUGAAACACUCGCACCGAUCAUACGCACCACUAGUUUCAUUACCAAAAAACGAUAUAACAGGCAAAGUAUCGGCUUGUUAAUUCUUGAUUAAUUCACGACGAUAAAGAUACGUACAAUUACGGAGACCCUGACAUAUCAAUUUGUUGGAAAACGAAUCAAAGCUUAUUAAGUAUCUAACAAAUCGUAACAGGGAUAUUUCAUGAACUUUAAAGCUUAAAUGAAGAAUAACGAUUUAUAUUUAGGGUUUAUGUAACCCCACGCCGUGGUUUUUCUGCAUUUGCUUUAUUCGUUUUGCCUCUUCGGCAAGGUUCUCCAUCUCUCUUUAAUACAUGCCUUAAAAGAAGAUGUACGAGUAGGUAUAAUGACUGCGCGCAAAGCAGCUCGUCGUGUUCAGUUCGAUCCGAUCGGCGGAAAUUUCCACACACGCUAUACACAUACACACACUCGCGCGCGCGCUCACGCACACACACACAACACACACACACACACACACUCGCGCACACACACACACACACACACACUCGCGCGCACACACACACACACACACACACACACACUCGCGCACACACACACACACACACACACUCGCGCACACACACACACACACACACACUCGCGCACACACACACACACACACACACACACACUCGCGCACACACACACACACACACACACACACUCGCGCACACACACACACACACACACACACACACUAACACACACGCACGCACGCAUACACGCACACGCACACAAACACGCGCGCACACGACUGUGCGGUGAAAUCUUUAAUGCGAGUGGAUCUGGUCUGUGCCGUAGCAUCGUUGAGACCGAUGUGAUAAAAUCGUGAAAGAAAAUAAAACAAUCAACCGUACAGAGAUACUAAAUUAACACAUUCCUGAAUUGUCAAGUGCAUUUACUUACUAGAAAGUGAAUAUCUGAUUUAAAUUACGAAUAGAUUCUCUAGAAAAAUAUACACGUAUAGAACUAUGUGAUGUACGAGAAGCCAACGAAAAGAGACAAUAAAAAAACCAUAUGGAAUUGACGUAUUGAGAAUUGAUUUAUUUAACAAGUUAUCUUCGAACAUAUUGGUCUUACCGUCCACUGCCAUUAUUAUCUUAAACUAGUGAUUAGUUCUCUUAAGUGUUAAAACACAAAAAAGCAGACACGUGAGAGAUGAAUUUGUGGUAUUUGAAAUUAAGUACACUUUUAGUAACACGAAUCUCAUUAUUUUUAAUGCACAUUUCUUUUAGAGCAUAGUUUAAAAACUAACUGUCGCCAUAGGAAACUCGAAUUUAUGUAUAUGUAACAGUGUUACACUAAAGGUGUAUACCAUUGAAAUCAGAAACCUAACAUUUGUAUAAAUGCAAGAACCCCAUCGCAAAUGGCAUCUUCACCGGAGCUCUUUGGCUCAGUAUUAGAAUUUACAUAGGUAAUAAAUAAUAAUAAGAUUUUCACUGUAUUUUCAUAUCAUCAAUCAUAAUAUUAUAGUUAAUAGAAAGCAUUGUAUAUAUUAAUAGUGUAAGCUAAUUAUUUAUUAAACUAGUCGUUAGGUAAAACAAGAGCAGUGCACGCAGUAAAUUCUCACGUAAGCAACAUUUAUAACUAAUCAUUUUAUUAUUAUAAAUAAAUACGAAAUUGUCGAAUUUUGACAUGACUUGUCACCGCUAUAUUAAUCUUUAGUCAAUAUAAAUGAUUCUUCCUAAAGGCUGGUUUACAUUAUAAAAAUGCUUUAUGCGUGUACCUUGUGUAUACAUGUGGAAAAGCAACGUUGCUAUAACCCAUCAAGUACCUAUCUAUUAGUGUAACCAAAUCGUUUUAAAUUUCCUUGUGUGAUAUAUAAAAUUUAUGUGAUUGAGGAUUUUCGUUGCAAAUCAUUCCAGCGUGCCUGUUUGAUGACUGACAGCAUAGAAGUUGCUCGUAAAAAAACAUUUGGUACUUAGAUACGCUCAAGGUGAGCAUAAGGUAAUAGCAAUAGUUCUCGUAUUCAUCUAGCACCUAGUGCGCUGAGAAGAUAUCUAUCUAUCUAGUUCAAAAAAGGCAUCGCUCGCUCUACUGUCACCACAAUUGGCUGGAACUAGAAUGGAAAAAAGCAUUGGAGUAAAAUCCCCACAGAUGGUUCACAACCGCUGCACUUUAGGUCGUGAAACAUAUUCUCUGUCUCAAAGUACAUUACUUCAGUUUGUGCUCGGUUUAGCCCUAGUAAGAUAUCAUUAGAGCACUCACCGCACAUUUAUGUGGGCCAUGUUGCCUGAUAUUAUCAUCAUAUAAUAUCCAUCAAAUAUUAUUAUAUAUUUAGUCCAUAAUCGAGUGCAGUGGCAAAUAGCCAGAUGCAUGACCGUAUUUUCAUCGCCACGAUGAAUAUAAAGGGUUCAUGAAAACUGAAAAAUGCUUCGAAGGAACAAUGAUUCAGUUUGUUGUAUAAUGAAUGUCAAACACGAAUAUUUGUGAGAUAUGAAAAUAUUUUGUAUAAAAUAAAUAAAAUAAUGUAUGUAAAUAUAUUGUAUAUAAAAGUAAAUAUUGUAAAAAAAUCGUGUUUUAGAAAUUCAUAAAUUGGACUAGAAAAGCAACUCGAUUGCGUGUACAAUGUACUCUACUAAUGCACUUUGUUAAUGUAAACCAACCAUUUGCAAUAUUAGGAAUUUUAACCAAGUACCUAUACAUUCCUUUUGAAAAUUUUGACGACCAAAACCGCGCAUUCCAUAUUAUGUGAUAGAGAUCGCCUUCACGUAUGUUAUUUGGCGGUAAAUUUAAAUUGUGCCAAACAAAGCUUAGAUUUAAUAAACUGAUUGGUAAAGUUGUUAUCAGUGACUGCAUACUUACUACCUUAUUACAGUGCGUGUAAAAUAUUAUUAUGGACUGAUAAUUUCGGUGUGAAAUGUUUCAAUUAAUAAUUGUAUGACUUGAAUUUAUAAGUAUUCUAUAAUAAUUUUUACUAUUUCUACUUUUAAAUAAAAUUUGUGAUAAUUUUUGUUUGGUUAUCAUUAUAACCAAAGAUUUGGUUUCGUCUUACUAUUUUGUAUUAAAGGAGUUUAAACUUAGAAAUACAAUAUAUAGUAGUAUUUUGGUAAAUACUUCAAUAAACAUAGCUACUUAAAUAAAAAGUUUGCAUCGGAAUUGUAA